AUGAUUUCCGUUUUCCCGCUAUUUUUUACGAUCCUCAUUGUAUUGCCAUGGCUACAAGCUAAAAUCCUACCAGAAGAUGAGUCAUACCCGAAAAAAGAUGAGCUUACUUUAUUGCUUAUGGGUGAUCCACAGUAUCAUUUCAAAUGUGAGACAACGAAUGUUGAAUGUAAAACGGCUAGCAGAUACUGUAGAAUGUUGAAUCGAUUGGAUAUUAACCUUCGACCCGUUUAUCCGUACAAUGAAACAUGGAGAAAGGGAAGAGAUGAUUGCACAAAAAUCGAAAGCCGAUUUGCAAAUCGAGUGCAAAGAAUUGCUAUGGAGAAAUUAAUCAAAGAAUUCCCAUACGAACCAGCGGCUCUAAUCAUCGAUGGAGAUCUCACCGAUUUUGGGCACAUGUAUCAGUUCAACGAGUUUAUGUCUGGAUGGAUGACCAGUUUCCCGAUUCCAAUUCUACCCGGUCUUGGCAAUCACGACUGUGAUAACAAUGUUGAUGAUUGUGUUUUUAACUUCUGUGCUCAUACAAUGAUGAAUUGGUUUUGUGAAUACGCUAGCAAUCAAAGUCUUCAACUUGAUUAUGUGAGAACAGCUCAAAACACUUUCGAUAUUAAAUAUGAGGGAUCAUUUGCUUAUUCGACGAGAGUUUGUGCAGUGACUGGCAAGAAUUGCGCCAAUAUUAUUCAGCUCAACAAUGCACUUGACUAUGAAAGAAGCUUUACGUCAGUGAUGAUCGAGUGGAAAUUAUUAUCAACAAUUGAAUGGCUGAAGAAACGGUUGAAUUUGUUGGCGGAUUCCAAUCUUCCAAUACUCAUAAAUGUUCAUCAAAAUGAAGGAGUUCGCGGUGAAAAGAUGAAAGAGUUGCUCAGUGAUUGGAUCUACUCUCAAAGAAAUCUCCCGAAACCGCCAAGAGUCGCAGUCUUCUUCGCGCACAUGCAUCAGUUACAUCAAGUGAAAAUUCAGUGUCUCCAUGGGAUCCCCGUUCCAUUCGUUUACGUAGGAAGUGUACCAAACAACAGGUUCUCAAUGCUUCGAGUGGGCGCCAAUUCGACGUCACUUUACGGGUUUUCCACAAAAUCCUCGGGUUCCAUAUUUCUCUCAAAAGUGAGCGACUUCUGGCCGAGUGAUUGCUCACAAACAUCAUGGCAUACUUUUUAUGAUGGACCCGACGAGUUC